AUGUCUCAGCUCCGGUACGUGGCCGUCCUGGUUGCGUCCUGUACGGCUGUUCUCGGAGUUAGUUACCACAAAGAGGGGACGGUCAUCCUGGGUGGACUGUUUCCAAUCCACGGGUACAAAGGCUAUGACCAGUGCGGUGCUCUCCUGGGACCUUCCCGCGUCCAGCGCCUAUUGGCCAUGGCACAGGCGGUGGAUGACGUCAACAACAAUCCCGACAUCCUCUCCGGUGUGACGUUAGGGUACGCCAUUUAUGACACCUGCUCCCGAGAGUCCAUUGCGCUCAACCAGAGCCUCAACUUCAUCCAACAUACCUGCGAGAAAAGAGUAGCCUGCCAAAGACAGAUACAAUAUUCCAACCUGGUAGGGGUGGUGGGUGCGUCAUUCAGUACGUCAUCCAUGCUGGUCUCGCACCUUCUCGCGUUACAGCAGGUCCCAAUGAUAAGCUACAUCUCCACCAGCUAUCUGCUGUCAGACAAGACGCAGUAUCCAUUCUUCCUUCGCACAGCGACACCUGACAACUUGCAGGCAGAGGCGAUCGUAGACCUGCUGCAGUACUUCAACUGGACGUACGUGUCGCUCGUGUACUCGGACGGAGGAUACGGAUUUGAAGGAAUGCGUUCCUUACAGGAGAAGGUGGCCCAGACAGACAUCUGUAUCGCCACAGUGCAGCAGGUGUGUAGGAGUUCCACAGAUCGUCACGUGGAAGACGUUAUCAGGAAACUGCAGUCUUACCCAGAGGCACGGGUCGUCAUCAUGUUCACCACCAUCUUCGAAACGAACAUGAUUCUCAGCGCCUCCUUGCGGCUCAACACGACAGGACAGUUCGUGUGGGUGGGGAGUGACGGCUGGGGCACCACGACAGAGGAGAUGUCUGGGAACGAGAUGGCCGCUCUCGGUGCCAUCACCUUCCAGCCUGCGUCCUGUGCCGGGAGCUUCACGGCGUUCAACGCCGACAACAAUAACCCCUGGCUCGGCGAGAUGAUAGAAGCUGGUAUGAUCCAGAAUGCGACCUGUAACCAGACUACAGCAGAGGCCUGUAAAACUGUCAUGGCGGCCGAGAGAGACGAUCCCAUAGUGCACUACGUGCGGGACGCUGUGUUUGCCUACGCGCAUGCGCUGGACUCGGUGAUCAAAGCGUUUAUCUGCAAUCCACCAAAAAACAUUUCUUGUUCCAUAUUAUUUAAUUUUAUUACUUUAACUGCCGUGCCCCCCCCCCCCCCCCUCAGGGAUGCCCUGUUGAACACGACGUUUGAAGGCUCGUGCGGUCGGGUCAAGUUCGACGCUAACGGUGACGUCAUGGGCAGGUAUGACGUCAGGAACCUUCAGCGGCGAGCAGAUGGCGGUUUUGAGCACGUGAUCGUCGGGAAGUGGGACUCCAUCGACCGCUCCAUCAAGAUAGACCUGGACAAACACGUGGAUGUCUCGGACCCGGAGAUUCUCUGGGUGCCGACGUCGGUGUGUAGCGAGCCGUGUCCCGCGGACCUCCAGCGGAUCCAGCGGUCCAACCCGUGCUGCUGGGACUGUGUCCCGUGUCCGGACAACCACGUCGUGGUCAACGGAACCAGCUGCGUCCAGUGCACGCUGUUGGAGACGGUGGACGAUAACGAAUGCGUGACUAUCCCACCGGUGUGGCUCACUCACAGCUCAUUGACGGGCAUGAUACUCACAGCCAUCUCGCUAGGAGGCGCAGUCAGCACACUCGUGGCCUUCUUCGUCUUCAUCGUGCAUCACGAGCAUCCCCUCAUAAAGGCGAGUCAGAUCUCUAUGCAUAACCUAAGCCGGCUGAUUCUGCUGGGCCUGUUUGAGGGCUACACUCACGUCAUGGUCAUCUGUACCAAACCCAGCUACGUCACCUGUCUCAUCAACAGACUCAUGUUCGGGGCGGACUUCACUCUCAUCUACGCACCACUUCUUACCAAACUCAACCAGGUGUACCGGAUCUUCAGCGGGGCCAGCACCUCUGUGGUGAAGCCCAGGUUCAUCGGGUCGCACGCGCAGGUGUUUAUCAGUGUUCUCCUGGUCCUGAUACAGCUUCUUCUGUCGGCCGUCAACCUGAUCAUGACCCCUACAAAGGUCAUGUCCGUUCCGACCGGAAGUGGUGAGGAACGAGAGGUGGAGCUAGCCUGUCUGACGCGGGAGAGCAACUUGCAGGAGGUGGUGGCGUCUAUCCUGUACAACCUACUCAUCAUCCUCCUCUGCGUGUACUACGCCUUCAAAACACGCAGUCUGCCGGCCUGCUACAACGAGUCACGAUUCAUAAGUUUCCAGGUGUACACGACUGUUGUUCUGUGGGUGGCGUUCAUCGCAACCUACUUCUCAGUGUCCACGCCUAUGAACAGGUAG